CCUGUGUGUUUUAUUUUAAUGGUGAUCUUUUCUGUUUUACAGAGCAUCUUAUAACGUGCAGGAAACAUGUUUCGGAGAUACGAUUCCAGGACCACUAUGUUUUCCCCACAAGCCGAGCGACGCAACAUCCACAAGCUCCUGGAUGAAGUCUUCCUUUCUGAAAAGAUUUAUAAACUCAACGAGGACACGGCCUGCAGUGUGGCAGGAAUCACCUCUGAUGCCAGCGUUCUCACUAACGAGCUGAGGCUCAUAGCCCAGAGGUAUCUACUACAGUAUCAGGAACCAAUCCCAUGUGAGCAGUUGGUGACCGCAGUGUGCGACAUCAAGCAAGCCUACACACAGUUUGGAGGCAAGCGUCCCUUUGGUGUCUCCUUGCUCUACAUGGGCUGGGACAAGCACCACGGCUUCCAGCUCUAUCAGAGUGAUCCCAGUGGGAACUAUGAGGGAUGGAAAGCCACAUGCAUCGGCAAGCACAGCGCCGCAGCCAUGUCAAUGUUGAAACAAGACUACAAAGAGGGUGACAUGACCCUGAAGUCAGCGCUGGCUUUAGCUAUCAAGGUGCUAAAUAAGACCAUGGACGUCAGCAAACUGUCUGCUGAGAAAGUGGAAAUUGCCACGCUCACGAGGGAGAACGGCAAGACGGUCAUCCGAGUUCUCAAACAGAAGGAAGUAGAGGAGCUGAUCAAAAAGCACGAAGAAGAGGAAGCGAAAGCAGAGCGGGAGAAGAAAGGACAGAAGCAGAAGGAGAAGUAGAAGGCACACUCCGGG